CGGAGAAUUACCCACAAACACAAUGUCAACCUCCUGAAACCCCCGCUACUCGCGAACUCGAUCUUAAAAUCGCCGAAAUUAAUAAUGGACGUUUUUAAACUCCUGUCUCGCUCUUCGAAAGCGGUGCAAGCUCCUCCCACACACAAGCUACCCUCCGACGGCGCCGCCGCAAACCCUCAAUUAUUCGGACACGCUGAAUCGAAUGCAAUAGAACAUGCGGUAAAUAAGGGCCAAAAGCGGAAGAGAGGCCAGGACACUGCAGAAGCGAAGGAGGAACUGCCCGCGGGUUUAUAUUUUUUCGGAAGCGCUCCCAAGGCGCCGGAAGCAGAGCAUAAGGCAGAUGCCGAAGACAAGGGGUGCGCGAAGAAGGAAGGACUCGAAAACGAAACAGUCGGCGAUAGAGCUGAGGAUCAGGAUAGCACAGAUGCCUACGAUGAGGACGAGUGCAAGCGGAUACUACGGUCGCACAAGUUAAAGAUUAUGGUGCUUGAGGAUUUUAGGAUGCACGAGGAGGAUCCACAGAAGGAAAAGAAAAAAGUGAAGAAGCGGGAGAGGGAGAAAGAGAAGGUGCAGGAUAAAAAGAAGAACGCGAAGAAGCAGCUGCUCCCACAGCCCUUAACGUCUUUCGCGCAGCUGAGAUCAAGACAUGGGAUCUCGAGGCGGUUGGCGGAUAAUUUGAGAGAGCAAGGAUAUAAAGUACCCACGGAGGUGCAGCUGGGGGCGCUACCGUUACUGCUUGGGAAGAAAGGAAGUCGGGAAGCACAGAAAGGCUCGGAGCCCGGUUCGCCCAGUUCCUCCGGCGAGGAGUACGGAGGUGAUAUCGACCUUUUGACUAUUGCGCCUACGGGAAGUGGCAAGACGAUAGCCUUCUUGAUACCGAUUAUCAAUAAGCAUGUCUCUCAGAAGUCUGAUGGUGUAGAAGGGCCGCGCGCAGUGAUCAUCGCACCUACAAGAGAAUUGGCAUCACAGAUUGUCAAUGAGGCCCGGAAGCUUUCGAAGGGCACUGGCAUCAAGGCUGCACUCAUGAAAAAAGGCAUGGAGGUCGUUGAGAGACCAGUGCAUGAAGUGUCUGAAGCGUCUCUGGACAUUCCAGAAGUCUCGGAGGAAGAAGGGAGUGCUUCUGACUCCGAAAACGAAGGAAAGGUUGCGCGAUUGAAGAAGCGCACACAUAGGCGCUCCGAAAAGCUGAAAGCCGCCAUCCUCGUUGCGACACCCCUGGCUCUUUUGAAUGCUUUAAAACUCAGGGACGACAAGAUCGCCAAGCUCCCGAGCGUUCGUCAUCUGGUCCUCGACGAGGCCGACGUCCUUCUCGACCCCCUUUUCCGCGAGCAGACUUUGGCAAUAUGGAAUGCUUGCACCAGCCCGCUUCUUCGAGUGGGCCUCUGGUCGGCAACCAUUGGAUCCAACAUCGAAGCACUAGCGAUCAACACCCUCAAUGAUCGCUGGAGCACACUCUCAUCCUCUAAUCUCCCUUCUCGACGGCCCCUGAUUCGAUUAGUCGUAGGCCUCAAAGACACCGCGAUACCUAACAUAACCCAUCAACUCACCUACGCCGCGACCGAGCAAGGCAAGCUCCUUGGCCUUCGGCAGCUCCUUCACCCGACCGCCGUCCCUUCUUCCGACUCCACGCCCUCCCUCCGGCCACCCUUCCUCGUCUUCACACAAACCAUUCCCCGAGCCAUAGCCCUCCACUCCGAACUCCUCUAUGACAUCCCGCCAGAGGCAGGCGGCAGCUCGCGCAUCGCGGUUUUGCACGCCGACCUCUCGUCCUCUGCCCGUGAGAACAUCAUGACGCGCUUCCGUCGCGGCGAAAUCUGGGUCCUCAUCACAACCGACCUGCUCGCCCGAGGCGUCGACUUUCGCGGCUUAAACGGCGUUGUAAACUACGACGUUCCAAACUCCGCAGCUGCAUAUGUGCACCGCGUAGGCCGCACCGGACGUGCAGGACGCGAGGGCGGUGUCGCGGUUACUUUCUACACGCAGGAGGAUAUCCCGCAUAUCAAACUCAUUGCCAAUGUAAUUCGUGCGAGUGAGAAGCUGAGGGGCAAGAGCGAGGAGGAGGCGAGUGUGAAGCAGUGGCUGCUUGAUGCUCUACCGACGCCGAGCAAGCGAGACAAGCGGCAGCUGAAGAAGAGAGGCGUGGAGGCGAGAAGGAAUGUUAAGGACGGAGAAGGCAAGGGCAAGAUGCGGAUUAGUACCAAGAGUGGGUAUGAGAGGAGGAUUGAGAAUAGGAGAAGGGGCGCGAAGAUGGCGCAUAAGGAAAGAGGGAGAGAGGAUACAAGGGCGAUUCAAGCUGCCAGUGAGAGCGAAUUUGAAGGUUUUGAGUAGAAAGAAAGCAGCUCAGGAUCAUUGAAUGAAAGUUACAUCGCACGCG